GUCGCUCUGCCACCGCCUCCCCGCACUGCUCGGGGCGCCGCGGCCCUUCCCCGCAUCGGGCCGCAGGGCGCGGCCUACCCGGUGAUCCGGCCUGAAGCGCAGCCCCGCGGCGGGGCGGGGGCAGCGGCGCCCCGGGCAUCCCGCAGUGGUGCUUGAGAAAGACAGGCUGAAAGACUUGUUUUAAGGAAAACACCCCCCUUGCAAGCGAGCAUUGGUGAAAAUGGGGGAUACAAGAGACAUCUGUCCUCACCUGGAUUCCAUAGGAGAGGUGACCAGGGAUGAUCUGUUGCUCAAAUCCAAGGGAACUUGCCAGUCUUGUGGAGCCGUGGGACCAAAUCUCUGGGCUUGUCUUCAGAUCGGUUGUCCUUACGUUGGUUGUGGGGAAUCCUUUGCUGACCACAGCACACUUCAUGCACAGGCCAAGAAGCACAACCUGACGGUGAAUCUGACCACGUUCCGCGUCUGGUGUUAUGCUUGUGAGAAGGAGGUGUUCCUGGACCAGCGGCUGGCAACGCACACUCAGUCACCACCAGUAAAGUUCACUGACCCGGAAUCACCAUUGUCUUCUCAUCCUCUGAAAGCUGUUCCAAUUGCAGUGGCUGAUGAAGGUGAAUCUGAAUCGGAGGAUGAUGAUUUGAAACCAAGAGGCCUUACUGGAAUGAAAAAUCUUGGGAACUCCUGCUACAUGAAUGCAGCACUUCAGGCUCUCUCUAACUGCCCACCUCUCACACAGUUCUUUCUGGAAUGUGGUGGACUGGUCCGCACGGAUAAGAAACCAGCACUGUGCAAAAGUUACCAAAAGCUGGUGUCUGAGGUCUGGCAUAAGAAACGUCCAAGUUAUGUUGUACCAAGCAGUCUAUCCCAUGGGAUUAAACUCGUCAAUCCCAUGUUCCGAGGCUAUGCACAGCAGGACACUCAGGAAUUCCUGCGGUGCCUGAUGGAUCAGCUUCAUGAAGAGCUGAAAGAACCAAUUGUUGCUGAGACAAGGGAUUUGGAUACCAGUGACCAGGAUGACAAGCGAGAAGGUGACCGAAGUCCUUCAGAGGAUGAGUUCCUCUCCUGUGACUCAAGCAGUGACAGAGGUGAAGACGGUCAGAGUCGGACCACAGGGAGCAUGGGCAGCAGCACCCUGGCAGAGACAGAAUUGUUGAUCCCGGAUGAAGCAGGCAGAGGGAUCUCAGAGAAAGAGAGGAUGAAAGACAGGAAGUUCUCCUGUGGCCAUCGGCGCAGCAACUCGGAGCAGGUGGAUGAGGAUGCAGAUGUUGAUACUACUAUGAUGCCAGUUGAUGGCAGAGCCUCUCCUGAGAUGAUGCCAGCUCCCCGUCCUGCCAGCCCAUGUAGGACACCAGAACCUGACAAUGAUGCCUACGUGCGCUGCUCUUCACGUCCCUGCAGUCCAGUCCAUCAUGAAAUGCACUCCAAGCUCUCUAGCAGUCCUCCUCGCUCCAGUCCUGCCAGGCUUGGACCUUCCUACAUCCUCAAGAAAGCCCAGAUGCAGGCUUCUGGGAAAAAGAAGAAAGAACUUCGCUACCGCAGUGUGAUUUCAGACAUCUUUGAUGGCUCCAUUCUCAGCCUGGUGCAGUGCCUCACCUGCGACAGAGUUUCUACGACAGUGGAGACAUUCCAGGACCUGUCGCUCCCAAUCCCAGGGAAGGAGGACUUGGCCAAACUGCACUCUGCCAUCUACCAAAAUGUGCCAGCUAAGACAGGGACAUGUGGGGACAACUAUGCCUCCCAAGGCUGGAUUGCCUUCAUCAUGGAGUAUAUCCGGAGGUUUGUGGUGUCCUGUAUCCCUAGCUGGUUUUGGGGUCCUGUUGUGACACUGGAGGAUUGCCUUGCUGCCUUUUUCGCAGCAGAUGAGUUGAAGGGGGACAACAUGUACAGCUGUGAACGGUGUAAAAAGCUGCGGAAUGGAGUAAAGUACUGCAAAGUCCUCAGGCUACCAGAGAUUCUUUGCAUCCACCUGAAGCGAUUCCGGCAUGAGGUGAUGUAUUCCUUCAAGAUCAACAGUCAUGUCUCCUUCCCCUUGGAAGGGCUGGAUCUGCGACCCUUCCUAGCCAAGGAGUGUGUUUCCCAGAUCACCACCUAUGAUCUCCUGUCAGUCAUCUGUCACCAUGGCACAGCAGGCAGUGGGCAUUACAUAGCUUACUGCCAGAACGUGAUCAAUGGCCAGUGGUAUGAGUUUGAUGACCAGUAUGUCACUGAAGUCCAUGAGACCGUGGUACAGAAUGCAGAAGCCUACGUCUUGUUCUACAGGAAAAGCAGUGAAGAGGCUGUGCGGGAGCGUCAGAAAGUCGUGUCCCUUGCCAGCAUGAAGGAGCACAGCUUACUCCAGUUCUACAUCUCCCGAGAGUGGCUCAAUAAAUUCAACACCUUUGCUGAGCCUGGUCCCAUCACCAACCACACCUUCUUGUGCUCUCAUGGAGGGAUCCCUCCUAAUAAAUACCAUUAUAUCGAUGACCUGGUUGUGAUCCUACCCCAAAACGUGUGGGAAUAUCUCUACAACAGGUUUGGGGGUGGCCCUGCUGUGAACCAUCUGUACGUGUGCUCCAUUUGCCAAGUGGAGAUUGAAGCACUUGCCAAACGCAGGAGAAUUGAAAUUGACACCUUCAUUAAGCUGAACAAGGCUUUCCAGGCAGAGGAGUCCCCAAGUGUCAUCUACUGUAUCAGCAUGCAGUGGUUCCGUGAGUGGGAAGCCUUUGUCAAGGGGAAGGAUAAUGAGCCUCCCGGACCCAUUGACAACAGCAAGAUUGCACUCACGAAAGCGGGUGGCCAUGUGCAAGUUAAGCAGGGUGCUGACUAUGGGCAGAUUUCUGAGGAGACAUGGAUUUAUUUAAGCACGCUGUACGGAGGGGGCCCAGAGAUUGCCAUCAGACAGAAUGUGGCCCAGGUCCAGGAACUGGAGAACCUCCAUGGGGAGCAGAAGAUCGAAGCGGAGACGAGGGCUGUGUGAUGUGUGCAGGCUGGGGCAGGGAAGGUAUGGAUGGCACAGAGGCGUCCGUGUGGGAUGGAAGACUGGGGAAUCCCAAGGAGUCAAACCUCUCCCGCUGGCUGGUACUGGAAGGCGAGUGCAGCUCCCACCACCACUUCUGGGGGAGGCAGGUUCCCUCCCCUGGCCUCUCACAUAGCUUUGGCUGUAGGGGGGUGCUGGGCAUAAAGGGGAGAAAAGCAGCUUCUCUCUACUUCAUCUCUGGGUGAAGCUGUGGGGCAAGACUGCAGCCAAGCAUCACAAGGAUGUGUUCUGACCCGAGCCCUCUCCCUUCUGUUUGCUGACCAGGAACCAGCACUCCCACCUUGCCCCAGUGAACCCAGUCUGCUCCUUUGCAGGUUUUGGCACUUUUCUGUUUGACUCACAUGUACAAAGAUACUGAAGCAUUACUUACGUUUCCAGAGGGCAGCUUUGCAGCUAGAGGAAGCUGGAGUUGAAGCUGAGCAAGCCCCAAGGCCUCGCAGUAGCUCUGUGCUGGGGAUGCACACACGGUUGUCACAACUCUUUAUUUAAUCCUUGCAGAUUCAGUUGCAAUCAAUUAAGAAACACUGAAAGAGGCCCCUUCUUCCUCCCCUCGCCCCUACAGCCACACCUUCAUGGCCCUGCCCUUUCUGGGGUGUCUUUCUCCUUGAUUUCAUGUGCUCAGCAUGGUUUCGGAGAGCGAAGCUGGCAGACACGAGUCCUCCUUCCCAUGCCCUUCCUCUGUAUUCUUCCUGCUAAAGCUCCUGGCACCUUUGUAGCUACAGGGUGCAGCCUCCCAGGGGUUCAGCUCACGGGUGGUAGCUUCAGGAACAGGCAGGAUUCCUUGGGACAGCUCCGAUACCACCCAAAGGACUCCAGGCUCACACCCCACUCUAAGCAAAAGGCAAAACUCUUCUCAGUGGGGCUCUUAAACGCUCUUUGUUCACUUCAUAAGCCAGAGAGGCGAUGGUCUGAGCUUUGCCACCAUCUGAGUACGAGUUAAUGGCAGCAGAGUGAGGCAGAGGUGGCCUCACCUGGGCUGAGGAACCAGAGGAACUGUGUGUUCAUGGUGCUGGAACCAGAAUGAUUCCCCAGCACCGAGUCUGGCCUCAGUGGUUUCUGGCCUCAGUGGCUUCUCACGUGGCAAAGCAGGGCAGGGAGCAGGGAGGGAAAGGCUGCUCUUGGGCUCGGAGCUGGGGGUAGGACAGGAUUAUGUGCAAAGAAAAAUGUGGCCUUCAGAUUGUUAUUUUUCAGACCAAAUGUUUUCUGCAAACAACUUUAAACGAGUCUGUGAGUGGUUCAGCACAUCCAUUUGUGAUGCUGUCCAGUGGAUGCUUGUAUCUACCCAGCCAGGCCCGAGGGGAGCUCAGACUGAGCCGCUGGUGAGAUCUGUUACUGUUUUAAGCUGUCUUUGUGUGACUGCAGCCGCCUCUGGAGCUGCAGCAGAGCCCGUGGGGCUGCAGGUCUGUGUUGUCCAGAGGAUGCUGUACAGAUUGUCCCUCCCCUCCUGUGCUCGUGUUAGACUUUGUGCUGAAAUGUGUUCCAAUAAAUACAUGUGCAUUCAG